GACGAAAUCAAUCCUCCCUUUCAUGUUCGGGAUGGAGGUCAGCGAGCUCCGAGACCUCUCGGACUCGGGAAACCUCUUCAUGCACUAUCGACGCGCGACAAUCCCAGGACAAAACUCCGUUACUAAGGACAUCUGCGCCACAAUUGGCUCCUUUGAGAGUUACAACCUUCCUGACGAAAGCGGCGAGAGGAGGUUCAUCGUCAGAAUCAUGUCCUCGCCGUUCCACCAUCGGCACAUUUCGAGAAAUAACGAUCGUUUGUUAUUCGAGACUCAGAGCGCACGCGAUUUAAUCGAUAAAGCUGUCCAGUGCAUUCUGGCAAUUGAACUUGGGAGCAACACAAGCGGCUUAGCCAGGAAACUAUUGCUCGAUGAGCUUGAUCUGUUUGGAAAGCAAGCCGGCGAGCUUCAAGACUUGGCAAUUGCAGGUCUUCAGUACUCGCAGACUACAGCGAUGCAGGUCGUGAUGCGGCUGUCUGACCACCGGGCUGAAAAACCUCCACGGAUCAAAUUCUUUUCCCCUGAUUGGGAUGAGGAUAUAUUGGAAGCGAUCUCAAUGUAUCUUGGGAAGACCUUAAAAUGGAAAGAUUUUGUGGCAAGGCUGCCUCCACCAGAGGACGUUCUAUAACACAGAACGCAAGACUGCCUCCAGCUGUGCCGAGCUAAACACAGAUCGGCCUGUCCAAUCGAAAAGUCGACCACUGCCAGGCUAAGAAUAGAGUAGAGCUAGCGGCGUAUAUCCUCGCCGUAAUCUCACCCAAAGGAUGCUUCAUCGGUCCGCAAUACUCUGAGGAAGAUGGCGUGUGCUUGUGGGAAAGUCAAGGUGCUAGAAGACUUCUUGAAGACGAUUGCAAUGUGGAAAAGAAUGAUCGAAGCAGGAAGCUGUGAAUGUGUGCACCGACUGAAUCCAAGUGUCGAAAGAAAGCCUACAUCUAUAGACAAGAUCUCUUUGAUAGCCAUAUUGAAAAUUCGUUGAUAUUA